ACUUCGCUAUUGGGAGUGAUUAAAGCAUUAGGGAACCAGAGUGUAGAUCACUUAAACCUAAGGAGAGACAUAAGCUAACAAGGGAGAUCCCAUGCAAAUACGUGUGAAUCAUUAGUGCUAAAUAUAGUAAACUUGAAUUUCCCAGAACAGUUCAUAACAAACUUGCUGAGGAGGGAAAUUAUGAGAUAUUCUUUUGUCUGUUUCUGAUAUGUUAUCUAGAUCAGAUACUGACUACCAUAAUUUCCUUUCCUUAUCUUUGAAUGGGCUGUAAAUUGCCCUGUUUGGUUUACUUCUGCUGCCUCAGAGCUUUGCUUCCAAAUUACAGUGACCUGAAUGAACAUUCUGUAGCCUCCAGAGGACUGUGCAUAACGUAUGUCAUAUAUACUCAAGGCAAGCAAAAGCAGGAGAACAAAAAUGGGAGGACCAAGAUGCCCUGGCAGGCAGCUGAGAAUGGAGCCACCGGUGUGGAAAUUGACCUUGAAAUUACGGCUGAUGGCGUUCCUAUCCUGAUGCACGAUGAGACUGUAGACAGGACCACCGAUGGGUCUGGAAGUUUACGUCAUCUGACAUUUGCUGAGAUUAGACAGUUUAAUCCAGCUGCUAAACAUAGAUUAUGGAGGGAUUAUCGUGGGGAAAGAAUACCAACAUUAAGAGAAGCUGUUUUGGAAAGUAUACAUUAUGACCUCAUUAUUUACUUUGAUGUCAAGGGCCAUGCAGACCAGGCUGUUGAAGCCCUAAAACUCCUCUACCAGGAAUAUCCUCGGCUUUACAACUCCAGCAUCGUUUGCUCUUUUAUGCCAGAUGUUGUCUAUAAGAUGAGGCUAGCCGAUAAAAACAUCGUUACAGCUCUGACUCACAGACCCUGGAGCUUCAGUCACUUUGGAGAUGGGAAACCUCGCUUCGAGUCCUUCUGGAAACACUACCUAAUGAUGGCGCUGGAUGUUGUUGUAGACUGGAGUAUGCACAAUUUUCUGUGUCACUUAUGUGGAGCUUCCGUUUUUCUGAUCCAGAAAAAUUAUGUUUCGCAGGAGUACGUGAAUCGGUGGUCUUCCAAAGGAGUCCACGUCGUUGCUUGGACAGUCAACACAUUCGCUGAAAAAAUGUACUAUGAAAAUGUUCUCCAGACCAGCUAUAUGACUGACAGCUUAGUAGAGGAUUGUGAUCCUCACUAUUAGUUUUAGCCUUGACUGGAUUGCUUCUGGGUUUGCCUCACCUGGCAGACCAAAGUUCAUCACUUGUGGUACUUCAAGGGUUCAUACUAUCAGGGUACAUUUACUCACUUGGGACAGGAUUAUUACAAUUGCAAAUGCAUUGAAAUGUCUCUUUUCAUAAUGCUGGACUGAGACUUAACAUUACAAUCAGUUUUAAUCUUAGAAGAAUUGAAAUUCUGAGUAAGAUAAGCCUGUGCAGACGAAGGAAGAACGAUCAUAUUGAGUUAAUUUGCUUGGCACAAUACAAGGAGUGAACUUGCAGAAGAUUUGCACUGCAAAAAAACAGCUUGAUUUGGAAAGAAAAGUGCUGCUAUUGGCCCUUCAGAGAUUACUGAUGUUACUUGAAACAUCUAGAUUAGCCUUUAUUUAGAGAAGGAACAUACAAGAAGGACACACUUUAGAUUCUUAGAAACCAACCUGCAACUACAGCCAAAGCACAUGCACUUUUUCCUCAUGCUUAAUUCUGAAAUCCAAGGGCCACGUCUGAAAAUGACAUAGUGCAUUGGACACAUUAUGGGCACUGGCAAGGAGAAUCCUCCUUGAGGGGCAUGAACAAGAACUAAGAGGCAUUUGGUGAAAAGCUGCAACAUGGAAACAGUCUAGGGGAGCUUGGCAGCCAGAACUAGGAAGUAUUCUUAAUGUGAAGAGUGGGCAUUUAUGGGCACAAACUUGUGUCUAGUAGAGGUUUAAGGGCCUCUAUCAAGUUCGUGUCACCAAAUCAGCAGAAAUCAGUAGUGGUUUUAGGGUCAUAUAUCCUCCAAACUGUCUGUGCUACCAAAUCAGCUGGGUAUAGAUCCACUUGUUACUCAGUAAAACUGGAAAGUAACGGAUACCCAGCUUCUAUGGAGUCAAAUGGCACUCGCCCCCAUUCGUUUUUUUUUUCCAAAUUAGUUUUUUCAGGCAUUUAAUUCAGACAUCAUCUGCAGCUGAAUCUCUGUGGCACUGGAUGCUGUUGACUUGUCUGCAUGUUGGGUUGUCUGUGAGCAGAGACGUCUCUCUGCAUGCUUCUCAAUGUCAAGCAUCCUCUGGAUGCUUUUUGGCUCAUUCCAUCUCAACAGUACCUGUUGAUUCAUUUCUAUUAUAUGUGCCACGUUAUGGAGAACAUUUACCAUACUGGGUAGCCCAAAGCUUGCCCUAGUUCCUUAACUGAAAUUAUCAGGUGAGGAAAUUCUGCAUUGGUGGGUAACACAGAGAAAGUGGUUCUAUUGGACAAAAUCAUGAGGCAUCUCAAGGGGCACAGUUCCCCAACAUGACAUUAUAUGGUAGCCUAAAGCUUAUUUUGGGGUACAGAGACAUAUUGUAUUCCUUAUUCUAUUUGUGAAUUGGUUCCUGUUUGAACUUUUGCACAAAAUAAUGGAUUACUAGUAACCAGAUUCAGCUUAUUCAGUGUCUGGGGAAAAAGACAGGAUCAGCCGGCAGUGGAAACUGCCACCGCUGCUUUACAGGACAGAAAAGGAUUGUCGGCCAGGUUAAAGUGUACAGCUGCAAAGACCCAGAUAAGAUACAGCUUCGUUCUGCAAAUGAUAUAACAUUAGACAUUGUUCCCAUCAAAAGCCCACAUCAAAUGGUGAUGAAGUAGGGUAUAUACAAUCAGAUAUACAUUUCACCUUGGUGUUGCAGUACACGUUGGAUUAAAAAGCCCAGAACUUGAUCAUUCUUUAUAAAAUCCCUGUUUAAUUUCUGCUAAAAAAUACUCUGAUCAGAAUACCAAAAAGAGAGUAAUUCAGAAAAGUAGCACUCAUGUUUAUACAACGGCAAUUUUCAGGGAUAAAUUAUUUCCAUCUAUUAGAGUUCCAUGACAAAUGCAGUUCAUCUCAGUUUUCCUCAAGCAUGUAGGAGAUCCUGGUCUUGUAGGCAGGAAGGGAAUCUAGUGAAGAGCUUCAUCCUGUCUUUAAUCUGUUGCACCACGAUUUUGAAAAUCACAAUAAAUGGAAAAAUGUCA